AGAAAACGGACUUGUGGUUCCCCGGCUGCGGCAGAUAGAACCAGGGGUAGCGGAGCGUCAAGGGAGGAUGGCUGGAGAAGGGUGGUCCCGGCAGUGAGGCUGCGGGCAAGGACAGCGCCUUCUCCCUCCCCUCAGGGGACCUGGAGAGGAGCGUCCAAUCCCUGUCCUUCUCAUCCUCCGGUGUCUCUGUGGUCUUUCACUGGGAGGAAGGCAGGACCAGGGCUGCUGUGAUGCUGAGCUGGCGGCUGAGCUGAGUGUUCAGCUGUGUUCAGCAGCGUCCUCACUUGUGCUCCGAGGCCUGUCCCCACUGUCCAUCUCUGGGAUGCAGUCGCUGGCUUGGGAAGGUGCAAGGAGGAGCAGGCCUUUGGCACCCGAGUCUCGAGGAGUAACUGAGGCCCAGAAAGAGAGACUGGUUCCCCCCAGGCCCCUCAGCAGUGAGAGGUACUUCCAGGCCUGCCUCCCUGCCUUCCUGCCCCCACACCCAGGCUCUUCAGGACCCUGAGAUGCCUUCGACCUGCCUGUGCCCGGAGAUGAGCCUAGUGGGUCCACAGGGCCAGAGUGAUUCCGAGUCUGCACGUGGAGGUCGGGUGGAGAUGGAUGGGCAGCGGUGUAGUCCACAGCAAAGCCCGCAGUAACCACCAGAUGCAUGGAAAGACGGCUCCUCUGAAGAGCCCUGUGUCCUGCACAGAGAAGCUAGACAGGGUCCAGGCACCCCUGAACUCCAGUCUGCACUGGCCACACGGCUUGAAGGGCGAAGAGAUAACGAAAUGCAGGCGAGAAGAGACACUACUGAGUAAAUACAACCAGCAGUACCACAAGCUGUUCAAGGACAUCCCCUUGGAGGAGGUGGUGCUCAAAGUGUGCUCCUGUGCCCUCCAGAGGGACCUUCUUCUCCAGGGCCGGCUCUACAUCUCCCCCAACUGGCUCUGCUUCCACGCCAGCAUCUUUGGCAAGGAUAUCAAGGUGGUCAUUCCUCUGGUGUCUGUGCAAAUGAUCAAAAAGCACAAGAUGGCACGGCUCCUGCCCAAUGGCCUGGCCAUCACCACCAACGCCAACCAGAAGUAUAUUUUUGUGUCACUGCUCUCCCGGGACAGCGUAUAUGACAUGCUGAGGAGGGUCUGCACUCACCUCCAGCCUUCCAGCAAGAAGAGUCUGAGUGUAAGAGAAUUUCCAGAGGAACCUGAGUGCGAGUCUCUGGAAGUCCUCAUCCCCGAGAUGAAGUGGAGAAAAGUGUGCCCUGCCUCCAGGUCCCUGUCCCUCCAAGCCAACAUCCCUUGUAUCCCUCGGGCAUCCAUGGACGCCAUAGACGGCUUCUUCCCUUCCAGAAAACCUCCAGGGUCUGAAAACGCUGUCUGUGCGGAGGAGAUGCUGGAGGAGGAGCCCAGGGCUGACACGGAGUCAAGGCUGUGGGAUUACCCGCUCCUCAAGGUCUUCUUCGUGCUGAUCUGCCUCUUGGUCGUGUCCUCGUCCUAUUUGGCAUUCCGCAUCUCCCAGCUGGAACAGCAGUUAUGCUCCCUGAAUUGGGAUGGCCCAGUCCCUGGGCACAGGUAACGCCCACUGGGCCUUGGUCUCCAUCCCGCCAAGAAGAGUGCUCGGGUGCUAGUUUCCAUCAGCAACCCCGUUGGGUUGAUGCUGCUGCCAUGCCAGGAAUGACUAGGAAGAAAAAUAUUCCAGCUCCCUCCUUCCCCAACUCUUCGCCCUCUUCCAAUGAGUGAUCUGAAGUACCUGUUUACAGAGCUCCUACAAUAUUUGGACUCAGACAAACAGCUAGAUUUUUGGAACCAGCUGAGGAGUUCUGUACACUAAGCUUCAGCAACCACUUAAAUGAAAAAAAAAAAAAUUAACUCUUUCCUUGGAAACAGUUCUGGCACACAGGCAGAGCAUGAGGGGCCGCUCCAAGGGACAAAGACCAUGCUUCGAUACCUGGAACGCAGCUCGCUGACUGUCACAUGGCUCACUCCAGUGGGACAGUGGUGGGACAGAGGCCAGAACCCAAACCACCAGUGGGGGCCCUGCUCUCUCCCGUGUGCUGAGAGUCUGUUCUGGAGCCCAAAGGGCUUCUCUGCAGGGAUCCAGGCACCUACCUAUCAGGCCAAAGGGGAAGUGGGGGGCAAGCUAUGAAAGAGGACGAGGCUUGUGACCAGCAUUCCGACAAGAGAAUGCUCUGUGCUGAGGCUCGGUUCUGGCCCCUCAUGAGGAGGCUGGCGGAAUCUGGGAGGACACUUCUGCAGCAGGGGUCAGUGGCAAGGGCUGCGAAGGAGAACAGAGUCCAACCUUCCAUAUCUUCAGCUGCCAUUUCCUAGUGAAACGGGGAGCAGGGCCUUUGAUCACAGAUGGGUACUGAAUCUCCCCAUGGUGUGCCCAAAUAUUUCCAAGGUGCCGCAGGUGGAAAGUAGGUAUGACAAGGGUUGUGGCUUUGAUCUGAGGUCUUGCUUUGUAAUCCCUGCCUGACUACCAAGAUCUCAGAUAUGCCAGCAGCAGCUGGUUGCGGGGGCUUGGCUGUGGACUGUCGGGCACCAUAGGGCAGAGCUCACUCGUGUCACCUGCAGCUGUUCCAUGGGCUCUGUUCUCCAUGAAUAAGGUGGAGGUGUCCAAAGUGGGUCUGGUACAGUGCAGGGACCAAGCCAAGGGGGUCUGUCUGAUAUCUUUGGGGACAGGGGAGGUAGGGGGUUGGAAGGGUAGACACAAUGGUGGCUUCGCCUUAGAGAUUCCUCCUUCUCUGUCAAGAGAAGCUAUUCUGAAAAAGCUUCUCCGUGUCUCAGAACUCUGGCCUGCCCUACCUGGGACUCCUGUCUGCUAGGACAGUGCCGUUGGAGGUUCUGGAAGGGCCUUAGUGAGGCGGCCAGUGGUAUCAGGGAAAGAUACGGGUGAUGGGGUGGGUGGUGUCAGAACAGCCACUGUUUUCCCCUCUUCAGACACCUGAGAGGUUAAUCGGGGAGAAACCCGGGUGGAAAUUAUUUAUCAUGGAGUCAUGAUUGUCUGUCCUGUUUGUGACAAAAUCCAAAAGAGGAUCGGGGGGACUGACAGUAGGUGACAGCUCCCUAAGCUCAGACUGGAGGCCUCUUCAUCCUCUCCCCAUGCCAGGUUCCAGGAUUAUGUUUAGAGCCUGGCCUUGUGGAUUGCUUGCACCAAAUCUGUACGUCUCAGGUGAAACUCACUGUUCUGUUCUCCCUACAGUGCCACACUGGAUGAAUAGCCAUCUUUUUUGGGAACCAGCCCCCUUCAUCACUCCUUUCCAUCAUGUUUUCAGGGAAAUAAUCCUACUUGCCCCAGCGCCUCCCCUCCCAUUCCUUGCUGAAGAGUAGGGAGAACAGAUCCAUUCUCUGAGCCUUGCUAAGUUGAACCAGAGGCCAGGAGAGGUGCCAAGUCAUAGGCGACUGUUCCAAACGCUGAUGAACAUACCCAGCCAUGCCCCAGCCUCAGAAAGGGCAGGAGGGCUGUCGGGUCGGUGGCUUUGGGGGCCCUCUUAGGGUCCAGGGGUACGGGUAUGCCUGUCCCUCUGCAGGGUCCGCUCUCUGUUUUUCCCUUCUGUCCCCCAGCCUGGUCCUCUGGGGCCAGUGUACCUUCUGCUGUGCUCAUUUAUAAACUAUGUGUAUUUAUUCAGAUUUGCUUGCAUUGGCUGAUGCUCCUCUAAUUCCGAGAGUUUGGUUCAACUAUCCUUGGGUUGUUCCACUAUGGCAUUAGCCUCUGAAAAU